AUGUUAAUGAAGUUUGGUAAUGUUACAAAUGCCGAAAGUCUAUUUCGAACAAUGAAGAAAAAGAAUAUUAUCACUUAUAAUACUAUGAUGAAAGGAUAUACAUGGAAUAAUAUGUGUGAUAAAGUAUUAGAUUUAUUUGAACAAAUACAAUUAAAUCUUGAUGAUAUUAGUUAUACGAUUAUUUUCAAUGCAUGUGCUCAACUUUCAAAUGAUCGUGCAAAACAAAUUGGAAAAAAACUUCUGGAUGAAAUGCCGAAGAACUUAAAAGAGAAUAAAUAUAUUCAAAAUUCAGCUAUAGAUAUGUUAAUGAAAUUUGGUGAUGUUAAAAAAGCCGAAGAUCUUUUUCAGACAAUAAAGAAAAAAGAUAUUAUUACUUAUGGUGUUAUGAUGAAAGGAUAUACAUUAAAUCAUAUAUGUGAUAAAGCAUUAGAUUUAUUUGAACAAAUACAAUUAAAUCUUGAUGAUAUUAGUUAUACGAUUAUUUUCAAUGCAUGUGCUCAACUUUCAAAUGAUCGAGCAAUUAAAAUUGGAAAAAAACGUCUGGAUGAAAUGCCGAAGAACUUAAAAGAGAAUAAAUAUAUUCAAAAUUCAGCUAUAGAUAUGUUAAUGAAAUUUGGUGAUAUAAAAAAUGCUGAAAUUUUAUUUAAAAUGUUUGAAAAAAAGGAUAUUAUUACUUAUGGCGCUAUGAUGAAAGGAUAUAAUAUAAAUAAUGAACCAUUAAAAAGUUUGAAACUUUUUGAAGAAAUCAAAAAAAAUGAGUUAAAAAUCGAUGAAAUUAUAUCAAUGAUAUUGAUUGAUACAUGUGCAAAAAUUGGUAUUCGUUCAAUAUGUGAAUCAGUUGUUAAUCAAUUUCCAUCAUAUUUAUAUAGUAAUCAAUAUAUAUGUAAUGCAUUAAUAGGUAUGUGGGGAAAAGCUGGACUAGUGAAAAAUGCUCAAAAAAUAUUUGAAUCAGUUGAUCAACCUGAUGUUAUUACAUAUAAUGCAAUGAUUAAUGCAUAUGGAAAAAAUCGUAUGGGAUUAGAAGCUAUUGAUUUAUAUCGAAAGAUGCCUAAUAAAUUACGCAAUGAAUUUUCAUAUAGUUGUAUACUGAAUGCAUGUUCACAUUCAGGUCUUCUUGACGAAGCUUAUUCAAUUUUCAAUGAAAUUUCUCAUAAAACGCAACAAGUUAUUACUACAAUGGUUGAUUGUUUAAGUCGCCUUUUUUUAUUUGAUGAAGCAAAACAACUCAUAGAAGAUUAUGAAAAAUGUAAUGCACCAGAUUCAGUAAUGUAUAUGGCACUUCUAUCUGGUGCACGUAAUUCUCGACAAUCUCAUUUGUCACAAGAAAUUCAUAAACGAAUGAAAUUACUAUUUCCAAAUGAAAAAAAUCUUUUAAUAUCUGCUUCAAUUCUUCUUUGUAAUAUAUCCUCAUCGUUAGGACAUCAUGAAGAAGCACAAGCUAUUCGAUUAGAUCGAAUUAAAGAAUUCGGAAAUAAAGUUAAAGCAGGUUUAUCAUGGACUGAAGUUAAUGGGGAAGUAGUGCAAUUCACAGCUCAUGAUCAGUCACAUCCUCAAUCAAAAGAAAUCUAUGCUGAGGCUCAACGAAUAUCAUCUGAACUAAUUAAAUAUGGACAUGUCCAUGAUGGAAGUUGGAUUACUCGUCCAUUACGCGAAUAUGAAACAGUUGAAUCUGUUUUGUGUUCGCAUAGUGAAAGAUUGGCUAUUGCCUUCAAUUUUAUUGAAGGAAGAAAACCAUCUUUCAUCCAAAUCACGAAUAAUCUUCGUGUUUGUGGUGAUUGUCAUCAAGCUACAAAAUUAAUUGCCAAAAUUCGGCAAGUGGAGAUUGUGGUUCGUGAUGCUAAUUGCAUUCACCACUUUUCGAUGAAUGGCACAUGUUCGUGUCAAGACCAUUUUUAGUUUUUUUUUGAAAAAAUAAAUGUAUAAGAUGGUCUAGUCAUUAUCUUUUACAUUAAUAGAUUGGCUAUAUACAAACUUUUUAAGAAAGUAACUAUGUGCAUCCAGAUGGAUAUAAUUAAUUAAUUGGGUGUGGGUGU